UUUCUCUUGUUUCUGUAAAACUUCUUUUUUUCCCUUUUAUUUCCACAACCUCAUCUACAUUCUAAUCCCCAAUAGCCAGCCAGCAAAAUGUCUGCAGCAAAUGCGCGCACCGACCGCUUCCUGAAUAGCCUCCGCGAGAACCUAACCUCGGGCAACUACUACGAGAGCCACCAGGAGCUUCGUGCGCUCAGCAUGCGCCUCCUCAAGCAAAAAAACCACCAACGCGCACUCGAAUUCCUCUACCUCGGAGCCCUCGAGCUCUGCCAAUACAGCCAGUGGAACAGCGUCUCCGACCUCACCACUCUUCUAAUAAGCAUCUACGCGGAAAACAAACUCCCGGUGACGCAGGAGAACAAGGACAGGGUGUAUGAUAUUUUCGAAAAACUCGCUCACGCAAAGGAAAAUUACACUCGUCUUUUUGAAUCCGCCAUUCAAUGGACUGUUAAGGUGGAUGGCGGGAGGGGUGACGAGCAGAUGCAUCACUUUGUUGCCGGUGUUUUGCGCCUCAGGGGCUUGUAUAAGGAGGCGGAGGGGCAUUAUUUGGUUGGCACCGUGGAGAGUCCCGCGGCGCUUGGGAGUAUGUUGUUUGGGUGGGCGCAGGAGACGGACGCAAGGGAUUAUGGGCUUUUUAUUGCCCGUGGUGUUCUCAAGUAUUUGGCGCUUGGGUGGUACGAUGCCGCGUGUUUCUGCUGGCGCGCAUUUAUUUCACGCAUGUCCGCGGCAUUCCCAGAAAUUCUUGUGGACAAGUCCAAGCCCUCGCUGGUAUCCAAGAUCGGACCCGUUUACUAUGUCAGUGGUGCGCAUGAGCAGGUUAAUUUUGUCCAAUUGGUGCUCUUGACUGUCGAGAGGUCCGAUGGGUCGCCGAGGUCAGAUUCUGCUAGGAUUCUGGGGCUUUUGCGUAGGGAGUAUGAGAAUUCAUUUGGUGUUAAUGCCGGUGUUGUGCAUGAUUUGAUGGAUGCUGUGGCUGAGAAGUUCUUUGGCGUGGUUGUCCAGCGCCAACAGUCGCUCUUUGAUAUUGUUAACUCGAUGUUUGCCCCACAGACAUCGUCCCGCCCUGCAAUUGCAGGCAACCAGGAGGAUACCAUGGACUGAUUUCAUUUUCGUUAUAUAUAUUACUUUUCUCUGAACAAAAAUGAUUAAAUAUAAACAAAAAUAAAAAAACAGCAA